CAGCUGCACUGCAAUCACAACAGAAGGGAUAGUAGCUUGGUGCAGAGAAGACCCAGAGCAUCUCCAAAAUGAGCAAUUGGAUGGUCAAUGAAGGUCUUUCUAUCAUAGUCAUAGUAAGUGCAAUACAUUGUUUACCUACUUUGUUACUGCUUGCAGGAUAUUAAGUACAGUAUAUCUAAUUAAAAUCAUGGGUAGGCAACUUUCAGUACUCCAACUAUUGUGGACUACAUCUUUGAUGUGUUGCCAGCAUUAUGUCUGUAAUGUAGUAUUAUGGGUAGAUGUAGUCCACAAUGUCUGGAGUAGAUCUAUUCAUACGAUAUUUACUGUCUGCUCUGUAAAUAAUAAUAAUUCCAUUUGCAUUUUAGAUUUUCUGCAAUGCAUUACGCAUGGAAUAGAAACAUAUUUGUAUGACCAAAAGAUAAAUGAUAUAAUCAUCUAUGUAGAAGAGUGUAAAUGAAACAUAUUAUAUUGCCUACUCCCUCAAACCCCAAAUUUCUAUGUGAUUAUGUAUGAUUUAUAUAAUGACAAAAAUGUUUAAAAAAGAUAAUUUUUGAAUACUAUCAAUAAUUGCCAAAAAACUGAGCAUCAUUUGCUGUUUUAAAUUCCAAUUUUUUGAAGUGCUUAAAACAAGCAAAUUAUCACUAGAUAUUAUUUGUGAUGAGGUGACUUGCCCUAUUGGGUCACAGCAGCCAAGUUAGAGAAUAUUUUCAACUCUGCUGAGAAUGACUGUAUUUGGUUAAAGUGAUCUGCUGAAUGAUUAAAAUCUGAAAUCAUUCCACCCAAUGCAUGGUGGGAAAGGCCCUAAAGAACCCUUUGUCUAAUCACCUUUGUGUUUUAUUUAGAAGUCCAGUUCUCCUUUAUAGUAAAUAAACAUGAAAGUCAAACAGCGGUGAUCGUAUUAUUUAAAAAUUAUACUGUCAUAACGGUUUCAUUAAUGUUGUAAACUGAACAUAACUUCCUUAAUCACAGAGAGCAAUUAAUUAGCAGGUGUUUACAAAGGUGUAACCAGGGAAUAGGUCAAAUAUGUUUUAUCAUGUGUUUUCCUUUUUAAAAGUUUACUAAAUAAUGCUUUUAAAGUACAAUAAUGGUAUUAUAAAGAUGAAUUCUAUGCAUUAUUACUAUAUACUUAAUCUACUAAUUUGAAAGUCGGUAAUGUAACUGUGAUUGUUUCACUGAAUCUCACAAGUCAUACAGUAGACUUAACCCCUUCAGGACGGAGUCAAUAGUGCAUGUUCUGAUCAAAACAAAACGUAAACAAAAACUGGAAUUUGCGCUAUAUGUCUGUUCAACCGUAAUAUAUCUCUUUCAUAUUAAAUGCACCCACACUUAUUAUAUAUCAUUUUGUUCAGGAGAAACAGGGCUUUCAUUUCAUAUCAAAUAUUUAUAUGUGAAACAUAAUGUAUUAUGAAUAAAAUUUAAAAAACUGUGAGAAAAUAUUUUUUUUUAAAUGUGUAUUUCCGUCUGACAUUUUAGCUGUGAAUAUCAUAAUACUGUUAGGUUUUACUGCAAAUAAAUGCACAUAUUUGUAAUCAGCGAUAUCUCAAGAGUACAACAGUACCCCCCAUUAACAGGUUUUAUGGUGUUUUGGAAAGUUACAGGGUCAAAUAUAGAACGUUCCAUUUUCAAAUUGAAAUUUGCCAGAUUAGUAAUGUUACUUUGAGACGGUGUGGUUGCCCAGGAAUGAGAAUUACCCCCAUAAUGGCAUACAAUUUGAAAAAGUAGACAGCCCAAGGUAUUGAAAGUGGGGUAUGUUUAGUCUUUUUUAGUAGCCACUUAGUCACAAACACUGGCCAAAGUUAGCAUUCAUAUUUGUUUUUGUGUGAAAAAAGCAAAAAACUAAUAUUUGGCCAGUGUUUGUGACUAACUGGCUACUAAGAAAGACUGGACAUACCCUACUUGCAAUACCUUGGGUUGUCUACUUUUGCAAAUGGUAUGCCAUCAUGGGGGUAAUUCUCAUUCCUGGGCUACCAUACGCUCUCAAAGGCAACAUAACCAAUCUGGCAAAUUUCAAUUUCAAAAAAAUGAAAUGCAAGCCUUAUAUGUGACUCUCUAACUUUCCAAAACACGAUAAAACCUGUACAUGGGGAGACUUUACUAAACACAAAUAUUAGUGUUUUAAAACAGUAAAACACAACAAUAAUAUAGUCCAUAAAAGUGCAGUUCAUUUGUAAUAAAUGCAAAAAACGUGUAUAUAUAUAUAUAAUAUGUGUAUAUAUCUAUUAUAAAUAUAUAUAAUAAAUAUAUAUAUAUUAUAUAUAUGUAACGUCAUUCUAAGUGUAUUUUAAUACUAAUAUGUGUACUUAUAUUAAUAUUAAAAUACACUUUGUAUGACGUUACAUAUAUGUAAUAUGUGUAUAUAUUAUAUAUAUAAUAUAUACAUAUAUUAUAUAUAUAUAUAUAUAUAUAUAUAUAUAUAUAUAUAUAUAUCUAUUUUAUUUUAUAACAUGUCUAAUCAUUUUUUUUUUUUUUUUACUUUCCCACCAGCAGUGGGACUAUCUGACAUUUCAGACAGUCCCCCUGCUGGCAGAUCCACAGCCAGCUAUAGGGGGCCAUGUGAUCGCUCUUUGAGAGCGAUCACAUGGCCCCCUGGGGCCUCAUUUGCCGGGGGAGGGCUGCCUGGGCUGUCAGACAGCCCUCCAGAAGAGGAUCGCGGCAGAGGUGAGUACCGCGGACCUCCAGGGGCUCAAAACCAUUACGGCGUUCUAUGCCGUCGCAACGGCUUUAAAGCCCACUUAACGCGGGAUGGCAUAGAACGCCGUAACAGCGUUAACGGGUUAAAUAAAAUCUUUGAAUGGAUUCAGAGUAGUAUAUAAACCUUUAUUUAUAAACUCCACACCUCUGUAUUAACCACUCACCUUGCUGCAUCAAAACUGCACCUGCAGCAUUAACCCCAGAUUUGCAGUGUUAAAUCUGCACACUCUGCAUUUAAAUCCUGCACUGUGCAGUAUAAUUAAAGGAACACUAUAACAUAAGAAACACAAAUACAUUUUGUUUUAUUUAACUUUGAUCCGUCGCAGUGCCAGUUUUUGCUGCUGCCCCACCUCCUUGGGUGAGAUCAUUGAGAUUGAUGAACUCAGCCAGUCCUAUGCUUUCCCAUAGGAAAGCAUUGGGAGGCUACUGUGCAUACGCAGCAAAAUGCCGCACUGCGCCAAUCAAAUGGUCUCUCUGAGACCAUCUGAUAAAAAUAGAAGAGUUUUACUCUGAUAUUUCAGAGGAAGCACCUCUAGUUACUCGAAACGUUUAAACCCUGCAAUGAAUACAUUACUGUUCUGCAUAUUGGUAAUGUUUUCAUCGACCGUGAUAAAAUGGGGGGGAGGCAUGGCACCCAGACAACUUUGUUGAGAUUAAGUGGUUUGGGUGCCUGUGGUGUUCCUUUAACUCCAAAUAUGCUUUAUUAAUAUAACAGUGUAACAAAUUGUGUAAUUGGUUAUUUCUCUGUGAAUAUCAAUGGGGACUCCGUACUAAAAAUGAAAGUGUGAGUACAUUGGACUCCUGCCUAGUUCAACUCUCCCCUAGUAAUACCCCAACCUGCUCCUAUGAAAACAUUUUCCACCUGCUUGAAGAAAAGUCUCACUCUUGCAUACCUGAUCUGAAUAUUAAUUUACUAGUUGUCAUCAUUUUGGUCUCUGGAUACAUAGCCCAUUAGGGCAGGGGUAGGCAACCUACCGGUACACCAGAUGUUAUAGACAACAAGUCCCAUAAUGCUGUUACAGCCAUAAUUCUAGCCAAGCUUCAGGGGAGAUGUAGUCCACAACAUAUGGAGUGCUGAUGGUUGCCUACUCAUGCAUUAGGCCUUCUUCUGAAACUUUUCUCCAUUCUCUGUAAAUUGAGAGUUUUUGUCUGUCUCUUGCAGCUUGUGUGGCUGGCACUGAAUGCCUAUCUGUUUUGGAAUUUCUAUCAAGUAUAUGAUGUUGGUGAGCGAUAUGUUUAUUCCAGGCAACUUUACGGGGUAAGUAUCAAUGUUAAUUGUCUAUCGUUUAAGGAAAAGGCAUUUGUAUAAUAUUGCGUACUAUAUGAAACAAGAACACACAUCUCCCUUCAGGCCCUAUUCUUCUAGUGUAUUUUUCCAGUUUCUUGCAGUCUUUGUCUGAUGCUGUACUUGCCUCUGCUUCCCAGUCCCUAAUAGCUAUUUUCCUCUGUCACUCUUCAGUCUCUGCUUCCCAGAUUUGAAUGUUCCAGUUUCCUUCCCAGCAUGUCUUUACAAGUUCCUCGUAUUCUCAUCUCCAACACUCAAUUUAAUCCUAUUUUUUUUUUUACCAGUUUCUAUUUUUCUCCACCAAUAACCUUUUCCUCCAUAAAUACAAUUUUCCAUUGUUUUGCCAAAGGGCUCCUUUACGUAUUUCUACAACCUGUGUGCAAGUGGCCCUAUUUAUUGUGGGAAUUUUAUAUGGUGGAUUACAUACGGAAUGGUGUGACUUCAUGUGUGUGAUGGGCAGAGAUGGAUCUAUAUUUUGUAAGACCUUGGGCAAAGCUUAAAUAUGAGGCCAAAUAUUCCAUAACCCCCAUAAACCUUUGCAUGACAGUCCCAAUUGAUUAAAAAAGACACAGAGAAUAUAGGAAACCUAAAAAAAGGCAAAUGCUCAAAGAAACUUCAAUUGCUUGCCCUUCAGGUUUCAAAAUGCUUUUGCCCACCUGUGCCAUUACAGAGAGAAUCUAUACCAUUUGUAUAUCAGACUAAUCCAGCCCAUAAGUGCAGGUCAGAAUGCCAAACCUAAAAUUCAGAUGUUGGAAUGCUGAUCUCUGUCAGUCUUCCCUCACAUGGACCUCUCCACCCCUUGUACAUUUCCCCACUAUUCCCCACUUAUAUAUUUCUACAUCAUCUUUGCUUUUACAUCCGUAUAACACUCUUGCUUCUCUUCCAUUCUUCCCCUGUUGCAAGUCUCAAUUGUAUUCCAUAUCAUCCUAUGUCUGUGCCUAUUGUACCUCUUUGCCUAUUGUAUAUCUCUCCGUUUUCCACAAAUCCCCAAUAGUGUAUUUGCCAUAACCCUUAUGCUAAUGAUCCUGCACCUAACCAACCCCAUUUAUGUGUCUGUCUCCCACAUUAGUGUUCCUGUCGUUACUCACCCCUACCCCAAAUCUACCAACAUUAGGAUGUCUGCCCCUAAUCCAUCCCCAUUAGUGUCUCUGCUCAUAACCCAUCAACAUUAGUGUGCCUGCCCAUAGACUCUAUAUCGCCUAUCCUACAGUGCGGUGCAGGCUGAUAUUGAGGCUAAGCGGGAUUUCAUUGAGACUCUGUGCACGUUGUCUAUCAGGUCUCAUCACUGCAAGCAGGCUUUGCAUAGACAUAGAGGGAACUGGUAUAAUAUACUGCUUUUACUCCCUACCUCUCGGUCCACACUGCCAAUGCACUCAGAAGAGCUAUAGAGAUCCGGCUCCAGGUCACUAGGCUGGGAGCAGACGUGUUAUAUUCCAACCACCUACACACAGCCUCCAGCGUUAACUGAAGCCUGGAGCCUGGUGCUGGGCAGAUCGAAGGGACAGCAGCUCAGGCGAUACUACAAAAUUAAUUAUGGUCCUGACAUUACAACAGACACAGGCCUCCAAUUUUGAUGGGACAGUCCAUGUUUUAAGGGAACUGCCCCAGAAAGUGUAGUGUAAAUGCCAUGCGGACGCUAUACCUGAGACCACUUGGGUUCCUUGUCAGACCUCAUUCACAUCUUUGCACAUGCCCUGAAUUUUUUACUCUCUCUUCUCUUUUUUUCUUUCAUUAACCAAUAGAUAUGUCCAUAGUCACACCUCUCUUGACAUUUUGACCUAUGUAUACAUAUUGUAUGUGUGCAUGUGACCCUCUUUACAGAAUGACUUUGACAUGCUGGGAUACAGAUGCCAUUUGAGAUUAGGACCUCAGCUUUAUAGUAAAAAUAUUUAUAACAUUAUGAUGUGUAUUUAAGAAUACCUUGUAGUGCUACGAAGAAAGCAUGUUUAAACUCUUUGAAAUUACCCAUAAAGUACAGAUAUAUUUAGUACAUUUGUAAACAUGUUAUGCAACUUUUUAUUAUAAUUUUUUUUUUUAAAUGAUGACAUCCUGUGAAAUUAAGUAGAGUUUUGUUAAAUCAUGUUGUCUUCCACAUAAUGAUUAGGGAGUGUAGGGGGGUGCUCACUGGUUUCCAUCUGUUCACCGGGUUAAAACUAUAUUGGCACUACAGUGCUGUUAAAAAUAAUGGAUAUUAAUGACAAAGAAUGAUAAUCUGUUAUACAACGGAUUACUACUGUCUGUUCUUGUGGUGAUAAUAAGUGAGCAUUGAUUAUUAUCAUCUGCCCAUAUUCUUUGCUUUUCCAAUUAAAAAAAAAAAUAUUUUGUGAGAUUAGUUCUCAGAGACGAAUACUGUUGCACUCCCUGUGUGUGUGUGUGCUUUUAUUAAUGUUUGUACUACUACUUUGCUACAGUCAUUCCUGGCAUUGGCGAGAGCUCCAGCUGCCUGCUUGAAUUUCAACUGUCUACUCAUCCUCCUGCCAGUAUGUCGAAAUCUCCUGUCUUUCCUGAGAGGAUCCAGUGCGGUAAGAAAUAUAAACAGUGCUCUUUCUUAAGGCAGGAAAUCAGCUUACAAUGUUUCUAAUGAUUUCCAAAUACCCAAGAUUAGGAUAUUGCAGCCUUUCGAGUCUCAUGUUACAUCACUGUUAUUAGCACCUGACUGUUCUAUGGACAUAGGCACAUUUACAAUUAUGGAGUAGGCAUAAAAAAUUGAACUAUGAAUAUAUUUGGAAUAACAUAAUUUCCAAAAGGGAAUGUUUAAAAAUAUUACACAUAUAGAGCAUCGUCAAGUACUUUAUUACUGCCAGAUUUCUAGAUUUUUCAUUUAAAAUGAAGUCAUUUUAAGACUUUCUAUAAAUUCUUAGUAGACUUUAACGGGGACAAUAUAUGACAUUCUGGCUCUUGGUUUUAAACUGCUCCUUUGUUGCCUUGGCUGUGUAUUGUUAUCUCUGUAACAUGAUGCUACUACUACAAGCAUGGCUCAUGGUGGGGUUGGAGCUCGCUGGAUGAUUAGCAGUGUUACACAUAGCACAGGCCCAAAAAUUCAGAUUCUAUCACAUGUUUUUUGUAUCUCCAAUAUGUCUUUUGGCAAAAUCCCAACUGGGUUUCAUCUGGGUAUUUUACAGCGCAUCCAUGAAGCCCAGCUUUGUAGAGCAUCCAGGCCUUAGUAGUCCCAAGCAUGGUUUCUUUAAUGUCAUCUGCCAAUCUUGAGUGUGUUUUGUCCAUUUUUCUCAAUCAGACUGCUUGAUUUUUUGUUUUUUUAUUAGUGGAUGGUUGAUAAUACUCAAUUUUUUUGACAGGUUUGACAUUGCUCCACGGAUUGCUCAAGGUUUGAAUAUAGGUUGUAUAACACAAUCCGGAUUCAUGAUUCUCUGGAACAAUAUCCCAGAUAUGUUUUGAUAGCUCUUUGGUCUUUGUUAUGCUUGUGGAGACAUUUACUCUUACAAAGUCUGGGGUCUUCCAGAUCAUGUGACAGUUUAGUAAUUGUGCAACUUCUGAAGGAAAUUGUUUGCACCAUUGCUUAUUUAAAAGUUUCAUUGCAGUGGGGGUGCAUAGUUAUGAAACCAAUCUACAAAUGUCCGGAGGUUUUAUGUUUAUUUAACCUUUUGUGUUACAAUAAGUCAUAUUUUAUAUUAGGUUCAUUAAAUAGAUGCAAUGAUAAAUUCACAAUAAAAUUAAUUUUCCAGGUUGUAAAACUGCCAAUGCCAUUUUUUUAACCUUUUAGCAUUGACAAACUAUAGUUACACAAAAUUGUUAGCAAACGUGCCGCUCAAAUUCAGUUUUUCCCUGAUGAUAGAUACGUGACUAUCUCUCAUUCUCUCACUUUCCUGUUAGAACUUACAUAAUGCUUUUACUCGUCAUUCUUUUUUCUUGUUAACAAGGUAGGAGAUGUGGAAGGUUACUUAUCAUUGGCUGAAGGCCUGCUACUUUUUGGGAGCUGAAACAUAAUGAGUUAAAUCUGGAUUUAAUUUUUCUGCUCAGGUUGGUUUGAGUUAAAUUUGAGCAGGUUAGCAGCAAUCUUUGCAUGAGAUAUGAUGGAUGACAUCAUACCUUUCUGUAUAUUGGUGGAAAUAUGGAUCAUUUAACAAGAGACUGGAAGAUGUGGUUUGUAGGUUACAAUCCAAAGAGAGACAUAGGUUGAACCUCCACUGAUUCAAUAUUAAUAUAAUCAAAUUUAAUAUUUCACAUUAGCUUGGAUUAUUUUACUGGACCUGUAUGCUUUGCAUGUUUACCUACUUCUUCAUUUUUGGCUUUAAAUAUAAUUGAAAUUGGUAUUUAGCUUAAAUAGAGUAUUGACUUAGGUGUAAUAUCUGUGCAGUAGCAUGAGUCAAAACAAUAUGUACUGUAAUUCUAAAUCAUUGGACAGAGUAGGACUAAGAGGGAGCACUCAUUGAUGUCUGUGCAAACAUACACACAAAGCAGUUACUCCCUCGCCUCUCUUGCAGAACAUGGAUUGUUGCUCUGUAUAAGGGAGAUGUUCACUGCAGUCUUCAUGGUACCCUCUUGGACAGGAGCUGUAAGAAUGAUCCUCAUCCAUUUCGAUUUAGCGUGGUCUUGUUAAAGGUGUGAUGCAAACUUCCCAUAUAUUAUUUCAUUGAGCAUAUUUGCAUUUAAAUAAGGAAACAAAGCAUUUGAUCUUCAAUAGCAAAACACUUGGCAGCUAAACUUCAUCAUUCAAUAUGCUGCACGUAUACACCCUUACUUCCCCUGCAAUAGUAUAAUUAUCUUAUUGUUUACAAAGGUUUACUCAAAAUAUUUAUUCUGGGAACACGCAAAUGUAAAAUAUAAUUUAAGUAUUUUAAAACAGAAGGUAAGUAUAAUAAAUUCACCUGGCAUAGACUUUAUCUUUUUAUCAUUUAGAUAUUAGGAUUUAAUGUGGUGCAUGAAGUGUGCUUUAUUCUGUGGACAAUAUUGACAUUGGCUUGCUUUUCUAGCAGUGAAUCACAUAUAAUUUGUGACCAUACCAUGACAACAGAAAGGCCCACAAUGAGUUAACUGUACCUUAGCAGACAGAGCUGGUUUAAAUGUGAGGCUAUCAGAUUUUUGUAUACAGAUAAAACGUUUAUACCGUAGCUGUGUUUAUCUUUCCAUCUAAGUCAAAAGUUAGUUCAAUAUUGUAAACUAUGGCCUCGAUUACAAAUCAACUGAUCACGUGUAUCGGCUGUAUAUCGGCUCCCAACAAACCUUUUAUUGGUUCAAAUCAAUGUAAUUACCAAUUAAAAAGAAGUAUUGGUCGAUAAAUAUUGUAUUAAAUAAGAUUGAUUUUCAAAAACUAUUAUCAAUGCAAUUAUAGGAUUCAGCAUUGUAUGUGUAGCCACAGCUGUCAAACUCAUAAGUGACAGUUUGUCUUUACAUUUUUUUAAGUGUGGAGGUAAUUAUUAAGAAAUGUUAUCACCAUUUCAAAUCUUCAUUGACAGGUAAUGUUACGAUGGGCAAAUCACCUGUUAAUCAGCAACCAAUCAGAACCUGAUUUGUCAACAAUGUAACUGUACAUGCCCACAAUGUAACUGUACAUGCCCACUGUGUGCCCACAUAGACCAGGUUAACUGUAAAUAAUACAUUUCACAUCCUAAACAUUGCUGCAUGGAUUUAAAUAUCUCAAUUCAAGGUAAUAGGUGUCUUUACCUUUGUACAAGGAUGAUAAAAACACAUUCUUGCGACUGUACAAUUUUAGUGUGAAGCCCCCCUGUUUAUGUGCAUAUCACAGUCAUAUUUAUCAUGGUCAAAUCUGCUAAUCAUAUUAUAGAAUAAAUGUGUGACUAUAUCGGUCACUAAGCUGACGUUCCAGGUGAAGAAUGUUUCAGUAAGUGAACGUUCCAGGUAAAGAAUGGCUCAGUAAGAUAAUGACAUCUACAUGAUGUGGCUAUCAGACAAAAAAGUGGAUAAAUGAACAUACUGUAUAGUGGAACUUACCUGGGUACAUUAUAAAAGCAAAAUGUAUAUUAUUUAAAUGCUAGACAAAGAAAAACAAAAUGUAAACAAUUCAUAACAACAUGAGAACCUUGUUUUUUUCAAGAACCUGUUUGCAAAUAUCUAGUCUUUCGACUAGUUAUUACCUAAUGUAAUGGAACUCAUUUUAUUGAUCUUGGAAGGAUGAAAGGUUGAGAUGACCUUCUCAUGAAUCAAUCAGUGAUUCUGAAAUACUGCAGCUGGAUCGCUGUCCACCGGCCUACCUCCUAAUUUUGAACCAUUUGUCUUAAAAAAAUAAAACAUACCUAUUGCUAAGUGGUGCUGUUAUAUAUGAUAAGCUUAAUUUUCACCUUCUAUCUUACAGUGCUGUGGGAGAAGCAUCAGAAGACAGCUGGACAGAAAUCUUACCUUUCAUAAGCUGGUGGCAUGGAUGAUUGCUUUACAUACUGGUAGGUGAUCUGUGCAGCUGCCAUGUGUGUGGUGACCACUCAGGUAGAGACAAGUGUCUUACCCCAAGGAUGUCCUUUCCCCUUCCCAGGAUCUCAGUCAGCGCUGUCUUUAGCGCUGAUUAUAGCAGUAUACAGUUAUGUAGCUUUUCCCCCCAGACAUUAGCCAAGACUUAAUGCUGGGAGUAGAGUGGUUUAUUUAGGAUAAGGCACACUCAUUUUAUAAGCAGACCCCCAGCAUGGUGUCUUCAUACAAAAAAAUACAAACCCCUCCCAGACGUCCCAGUGUCUGGAAGAUAAUUAAGUCAAAGACCGGUAACUCACAGAACCACACAG